GGUAAAUGUCUACCCUAGAUAUCGAUAAUGUAUGUGUGUGAUGUUGACCAGUGAAAAGGAGAGCAUAAGUGGCAAAAUAGUUUGAUAGAGAUGUUCAUUGUGGCUGUUUGAGUCUGCCAAGUUGAUGCUGAACAGGAAACAGUCAACUUGACGGCGCCAACAUGACAUAAAUUUCUUCUAAAGUUCUUAGAACAAGGCCGAUCCAAACCAGUUUCCCACAUCUGUUGCAUGAUGACCCAGUCCCACAAGACGCUGCGGGACCUUGAGACGGCCGCCCAUCUCAAACUGGUAAAACUGAGAACCUCUGUGGGCCCAGAGGCAGAGAAAGUGAAGAAAUCCCUCAUCUCUGUGGCAUUUGUGACUCUGGCUGUGAAGACGGUUUUUCUGGUGCUAUUUUACUAUGUGUUUUCCAUUGGCCUAACAUUCUACAACCAAAGGUUUAUAAAGCACUGGAACUACCCACUGUCCCUGACGAUGGCGCAUCUCCUGUUCAAGUUCUCCCUGUCUGCUGUGGUGAGGGUUGUCAUGGAGUUAGUAACAAAGAAACCACGGGUCGUCCUACCCUGGGGACCUUACUGUAAACGGGUCGCUCCUGCAGGAAUAACAAGUGCUUUAGACAUAGGUCUUUCAAACUGGAGUUUUGAGUUUAUAACAGUUUCUUUAUACACAAUGUCAAAGUCUUCAGCUGUGAUAUUUAUACUGAUGUUUGCUGUAAUCAUGAGAUUAGAAAAAUGGCGUUGGUCGCUUUUGUUUGUAGUGCUAUUUAUAGCGACAGGGCUGUUUAUGUUCACGUACCAUUCGACGCAGUUUAACCUAGAGGGAUUUUCGAUGGUCAUGACCGCCUCUGUACUGUCGGGCCUUCGCUGGACUCUAGCACAGGUUGUCAUGCAGAAAAAUGAGCUAGGUCUGCACCACCCACUAGACACUAUGUACCACAUACAACCCUGGAUGAUUGUCGGCUUGAUCCCUCUCUCUAUAGCAUUUGAAGGUGUACCCCUGGCUACAACAGACCAAUUUUUCCGGUUCAAUGACUAUGAGAUACUUCUAAGAAACUGCAGUCUUGUCCUCCUUGGUGCGUUCCUCGCGUUCAUGCUGGAGUUCAGCGAGUUUCUCCUGCUCUCACAGACUUCUAGCCUCACCCUCUCCAUCUCCGGAAUAUUUAAGGAGCUGUGCACACUGCUGCUAGCCCAUAUGAUUAAUGGAGACACGAUGAAUGCUGUGAAUGGUGUCGGCCUCUUCGUUUGUCUCUUGGGAAUCAUUCUACAUGUUGUGCUGAAAGCCCUACAUAGGCAGGAAACGUCCAGUCCUUCUCAAAAUGGAGCAGAACGUAUACGAAUGCUAAACCUUGACAACACCGCUAACAUCAGUGAAGAUGACGAAGAUGAAAUAUUUAAUGUCAGGGACAGAUAACAUUACACUGACAGCUUGCAUUGACAUUGCCUGGUGUCUGUCAGGGACAGAUUUCAUCAAUUUUUCCUGGUUACUGUCAGGGACAAAUGGCAUCAACUUUUUCUGGUUACUGUCAGGCCCAGAUUGAAAAAUCAUUGCCUGGUUACUGUCAGGGACAGAUGGCAUCAACUUUUUUCUGGUUACUGUCAGGCCCAAAUUGAAUCAUCAUUGCCUGGUUACUGUCAGGGACCGAUGGCAUCAACUUUUUUCUGGUUACUGUCAGGCCCAGAUUGAAUCAUCAUUGCUUGGUUACUGUCAGGGACCGAUGGCAUCAACUUUUUCUGGUUACUGUCAGGCCCAGAUUGCAUCAUCAUUGCCUGGUUACUGUCAGGGACAUAUGGCAUCACCUUUUCCUGAUUACUGUCAGGCCCAGAUUGCAUCAUCAUUGCCUGAUUACUGUCAGGGACAUAUGGCAUCACCUUUUCCUGAUUACUGUCAGGGAUAGAUGGCAUCAAUUUUUCCUGGUUACUGUUAGGUACAGAUGGCAUUAAUAUUGCCUGGUUACUGUCACGGACAGAUGGCAUCACCUUUUCCUGGUUACAGUUAUAGACAAAUGGCAUCAACUUUUCUUGAUUACUGUCAGGGACAGAUUGCAUUAAUAUUGCCUGAUAAGCUUAAGAUAGUCCUGUCUUGGUAUACAUGAAGGAUAGAGUCUUCCACAGUUACAUUAACAUUGCCUUGUUGCUGUGUUUACAUGAGGGAUUUUUUUUAUUUUGAUAUGAGGGAAAUAUAGCAAUUAACAUUUCUUGUAAAUGUGAAGGCAGAUGUUAUUUUUUGAGCUUUAAAUUGUGUGGUCAACACCAAAAAUUUAUACAGCUAUACUUGUGAUGUUAACUGUAAAACAAGUACUUUGAAGUCAAAAGUGACACUGAUAUUUUUGCCCGUAUCGUGCCCUGGCAAUCACAGCUUAUUUAUUUUUUAAAGUUUCUUUAAUUCUAUUGUUAUCAUUGUUAUUCAUUUGUCUAGUUAUCUUGUCACUUGGUUAAAUUUCAUGUAAUGUUGUCAGGGUGAAUUAUUCCGCACGACUCAUUUUCACAGACAACGCCACAAUUUUUGUCAUAAAUUUCAGGUAAAUUGCUCAUGUUCAGGACCAACUGCAUUAAUGUUUCAUGUGAUUCCAUGUUUAGAUUUUUAUGCCCCCUUUUGAAAAAAGUGGGGUAUAUUGUUUUGCACAUGUCGGUCGGUCUGUCUGUCGGUCGGUCGGAAUACCAAAUGGUUUCCGAUCAAUAACUUGAGAACGCUUUGACCGAGGGACCUCAUACUUGGUAUGUGUAUUGGUCAUCACCAGCAGAUGAACCCUAUUGAUUUUGAGGUCAGUGGGUCAAAGGUCAAGGUCAGUGUGACCUUUACAUGAAAAACGGUUUCCGAUCAAUAACUUGAGAACGCUUUGACCCAGGAACCUCAUACUUGGUAGGUGUAUUGGUCAUGACCAGCAGAUGAACCCUAUUGAUUUUGAGGUCAGUGGGUCAAAGGUCAAGGUCAGUGUGACCUUAACAUGAAAAACGGUUUGUUUUGCACAUGUCGGUCGGUCUGUCUGUCGGUCGGUCGGAAUACCAAAUGGUUUCCGAUCAAUAACUUGAGAACGCUUUGACCGAGGGACCUCAUACUUGGUAUGUGUAUUGGUCAUCACCAGCAGAUGAACCCUAUUGAUUUUGAGGUCAGUGGGUCAAAGGUCAAGGUCAGUGUGACCUUUACAUGAAAAACGGUUUCCGAUCAAUAACUUGAGAACGCUUUGACCCAGGAACCUCAUACUUGGUAGGUGUAUUGGUCAUGACCAGCAGAUGAACCCUAUUGAUUUUGAGGUCAGUGGGUCAAAGGUCAAGGUCAGUGUGACCUUAACAUGAAAAACGGUUUCCGAUCAAUAACUUGAGAACGCUUUGACCGAGGGACCUCAUACUUGGUAUGUGUAUUGGUCAUCACCAGCAGAUGAACCCUAUUGAUUUUGAGGUCAGUGGGUCAAAGGUCAAGGUCAGUGUGACCUUUACAUGAAAAACGGUUUCCGAUCAAUAACUUGAGAACGCUUUGACCCAGGAACCUCAUACUUGGUAGGUGUAUUGGUCAUGACCAGCAGAUGAACCCUAUUGAUUUUGAGGUCAGUGGGUCAAAGGUCAAGGUCAGUGUGACCUUAACAUGAAAAACGGUUUCCGAUCAAUAACUUGAGAACGCUUUGACCCAGGGACCUCAUACUAGGUAGGCUUAUUGGUCAUGACCAGCAGAUGAACCCUAUUGAUUUUGAGGUCAGUGGGUCAAAGGUCAAGGUCAGUGUGACUGUAAGUGUCCAUAUUUUAUUUAAGUGUCCAAAUCCUACUAACAAUUUGGCUCCCAAGGGGGCAUAAAUGUUUCACUAACAUCUCUUGUUUGUUCUAGUCAUACAUGUGUGUAUUAAAAUUGAGGAAAAUUAGAGAAGAAAUACUGGACAUGCAAAAAAGCCUUAAACAAUACUGUAAUACAUUCCGAUACUAUUGCCAAACAACAUGAAAUGUAGUCUACUUGAUGUUUUCACUGGUCUUGAUUAUUAUUAUGUGUUUGUUGUUAUGCCCCCCAAGGAGCUGAGGACCUCCUUGUACUUGACUGUGUUUGUUAGCCCAUGUUCAAAAUGAAUCUAUUUUUAUUAAAAAUUGGAUAAAUAUU